UGCAAAAACAGCAAACAAUUCCAGGGAAUUGAAACAGUGGGAACCGGUUCUCAACAAGAACCGGGUUUGAAUACCCAUCCCUAGGCAACACCCUAGGUGUCACUGUUCUGGGUCCUUGUGACCCAGCAGUUUUGAGUCUUGAGUCAAUUUUAUAUUAUGGCUUCUGUUAGGAAAUAAAUAUAUAUUCUUAGUGCUUAUUUUCUGAUUAUAUUGUUUUAUGUAGGCCAGUAUACUAAAGCAGGCCAUCUUUCAGUCAUACAGUAUGUGAAAGGUCAUAGAUUGCUGAGUGAGACAGGAAACUGUGCAGAACGCUUUGUGCAGAGCUGCAAAGGAACAGGAUGCAGACAGAAAAUGAGGAAGUAGGCAGAGUGAAGCGCAGAAGUUGUUUUGAUCGAAACUGUGUGUGACGUAUAACUGACUAUGUUAUACACAUCCAGCUUAAUGCUUCAGAUCUGCAAGUGGCUUAGCCUUGUGCACAUCCCUUUCCGGAAAGUAAUGAUUGAAUAAAAUAAUUAUAAAUACUUUGCACACUCUCACUCUGCAUUUUCUCUGUCCAGUAAAAGAAUAAAAAGAAGAGGAUUCAAUACUUCUGUUCUGAGUUCUUUGUUGUGCUGUUUUGAUCAUUAUAGAUAGUGUUAUUACGCUAGGUUUGAUUAUGGCUAUUAUCUACAUUAUAGAAAGUAACAAAAAUAAAGAAAACACAUUGAAUGAAGUGUGUCCAAACCUGGCUGGUAGUAUAUAUUUUAGAGCUGAAAUGAGCUAAAAUGAGAAAACCACACAGAAUUAUGUAAUGAUGAUAUGAUAAUGAUUUUCACUCCAUCUAUUCUUGAUGUUAAUGAAUUCAGCGGUAAAAUAAAAACUUAAAUUCAGCAGAUUGAUGUUUUUUCUGCAGCACUUAUCUUGUCUUAUUAGCAUCAAUUGUACUCAUCUAUGAGUCUUUAUGAUCUGAGGCACCAUUUCAUCUGUAAAACAUGCUCCAUCAAUCCAAUACUACAUAUGCUCAAUUUUUUUUCUUCCUUCUCCUUUGUGUAUGCUUUGUUCUUGUAUGUCAGUGCUGUUUGUUUCCCACCUAAGAAGCCAGUCCAUUUGGGAGUAAUGGGAGACAAGGACAUGCAAUGUUUGUCACUUAUGUCAACUGUACUUCACAAUUUGGUUUGGAUCACAGUUUUUUUUCUUGGAAUAAGUCUCGGCACAAGCUUUCAUUACUCAAAUUCUGACCAAGGAUCUCUCUUUAGUUAGCCAUCUUACUUCUGUGUGUAAGAGAAGGCGUUUGUGCUUUGCAUCCAUCUCAUCACAAAGCUGCUUGAAUAGACCUGAGUUUAGGGCAUUCACGUUGAUGUAGUUAAUGACAUUAAUGACACUGUUUAUUGUGUUUUUAGGUUCGAGUAACAUUUUUUGGAUAAUCACAAUUUCCCUGUAAAUGACAGUGCAUAGACUUGCAGUCAAGUGCAAACUCCACUCAGCUCUCUGUGCAUAUGCAGACCAAGAGAAACCAAUCCAGUUUUUCUGAUAUGUAACCAUUCAGAAUUUUGAAUAGUUCUACACCACUGGUUUUGCUUGGUAGUGACAGCGCAAAAAAAAAUGUUGUCAUGCACACAUAUAUCUUGCACAUACAAGUAGUAUUAGCCGUCAAUUUCAGUAGACUCAUUAACCUGAAUUAUGUACCUCUUCAACAACUUUGUCUUAGUGUCCCCUGCUCUAUCUUCAAUUUGCCUGGGGAUGGUACGAGCCAAAGGUGGAACCUACAUAUUUUUUUUCCUUUUUUUAACAGCAGUCUCUCCUAGAAAGUUGAAUCGUGACCUCGAUUUUUAGGGUGCUCCCUUACACUCUUAAGAAACGUGAGAUGACUGAUGGGAAUCAUCACUUAUAUGCUGCUUAAUUCAAUUGAAAGGAUGCAAAUAGAUUGAAUUGUUGCUGUUUUUUUGUAUGUAGUCUGUCAGGCUGUCUGAUCACAGAGGAAGGCUGUACUUGUUUGGCAUCAGCUCUGAGUGUCAACCCUUCCCAUCUGAGAGAGCUGGACCUGAGCUACAAUCAACCAGGAGGCUCAGGAAUGGAGCUGCUGUCAGCUGGUCUGAGGGAUUUAAGCUGGAGACUGGACACUCUCAGGGUGGAGCCUGCUGGAGUCCAGUGGUUGACACCAGGUCUGAGGAAGUAUUCCUGUCAACUCACAAUCGACACAAACACAGUGAACACAAAGCUCCAACUGUCUGACAACAACAGGAAGGUGACACAUGUGCAGGAGGUUCAGUCAUAUCCUGAUCAUCCAGACAGAUUUGAUAGCUGUUACCAGCUGCUGUGUAGAAAUGGUCUGACUGGUCGCUGUUACUGGGAGGUCGAGUGGAGAGGAAGAGUUUUUAUAUCUGUGAGUUACAGAAGAAUCGGAAGGAAAGGAGACGGUGAUUACUGUGCGUUUGGAUGGAAUGAUCAGUCCUGGAGUCUUUCAUGCUAUGAUGGUCGUCCUGAUUCCGUCUAUCAUAACCAGACAUCAGAAUCCGUCUCCUCCUCCUCCUCCUCCUCCUCUGUCUCUAACAGAGUAGCAGUGUAUGUGGACUGUCCUGCUGGCACUCUGUCCUUCUACAGAGUCUCCUCUCACACUCUGAUCCACCUCCACACCUUCAACACCACAUUCACUGAACCUCUUUAUCCUGGGUUUGGACUGUGGUUUGGUUCCUCAGUGUCCCUGUGCUCAGUUGAGUGUAAAGAGUGUCCCCCUGUUAGAGAAACACUCCAAGGAACUGAAAAUCGAGAUCUUGAAAGCAAAACAGAGCUACAAAAACCUUCGUGAAAGCAAAUUUGCUGCAAAAAAUUUUGGGUCUGCCUGGACUUGUAUGAAAACCACAGCAGGGUUUCAAAAUACGCAGAGCAGCAGUCAGGUAAUUUUAGAUGGUUUUAAUUCAGACAGAGAUUUUCAAAUGCUUUAAACAUGUUUUAUGCUCGUUUUAAUUCUUCUGAUUUUAGCGAGGAUAUUUUGGAACUGAAACAGAAACUGAGAGAUACUCAGCACUUUAUCAUUGAACUCAGCGAUGU